UGUGUGAUAUAAAAGCCGGAUCCAGGCUGCCUGCCAGGCGAGGAAAUUCUUACUUUCCUUCACGGCGGCGGUGGUUAACGGAUCCCCUAUUUAUUUUAAAACCCACUUGGAUUUAAUCCACCGAAACAUCCGGAAACAUUCCACCAUAUUACCAAGUAAAAUCAGAUCUCAAAGCCUCUCAAGCCUAAACGCCACCCGCCCGCCAGCCAGCCACACUGUAACCCAAGCCAAACCGAAAGCCUUCAGCCAUGAUGCAGAUCAGCAGCGACUCAGCCACCAACAAGCACUCCCUCAUCAACGUCAUGCACCGCUUCAUCGCGGCUGCAAACAACAUGGACGAGACCAUCAUGGUGCCCAGCCUGCUGCGAGACAUGCCCCUGGAGGAGCAGGCAGCCAGCCAGGUAGAGACCAACAACAAUGAGGAAGACCCACCGUGUAACAAGCAGCAGAGGGACAUGUACGAGCAUUACCUCCUCCUCAAGUCCAUCAAGAACGACAUGGAGUGGGGUCUGCUCAAGCGGGAGAUGAGCAGUGGCACCAGCUUCCUGGAGAUGGCGGUGAAGCAGGAAGAGCAGCAGCCUGUCACCAGGGAGUUGCCCCUGGAUGACAAUGUGGACCUGGAGCACCAGUUUCACUUCCACCUUCGAGGACUCUUUGGGGUUUUGUCCAAGCUCACCAUGCAAGCGGACCACCUCACCAAUAGAUACAAGCGAGAAAUUGGAGGGGGAAACUUCAUGAGAUAGAAACCACUAUAUAUACAUAUAUUUUUUUCCCUCCUCUCUAACUCCCCUGGGACUUUAUGGGAUGUCAUGGGAACGACCCCCCCCCUUGUGUUUUCCUAACACUUCAGCCUCCCUGUCCUCCGUAACCAGUGACACCUGCAGCACAGCGCCCUGGCUGAGCAGGACACUUCAGUGCUUGGUUGAGGUUUAACUGUCCAGAUAAAGCACAGCUCUCUGCUUUGUCCAUUGCAAAUUUCACCAUGGGUUUGUUGAGCGUGAAUAAAAGGUUUGACUGUAGGAGAAUUUGAAUGCUGGUUAUUCUGUCCCUCCUUUCUUGUGGUUUAACUUAAAAGGCUGUUUUAAUGCUGAGCUUAAAGGGCUCUCUUGACGUACCAUUACUGUUAACAUGGCGUGCCUUGACUCAUUUUCCUGUUCAUUUGCAUCCCAUUGUCUAACUGCUUCAUCAAGGUCUUAGGGCUCAUUUUGUUUGUCCUAAAAUGUUAAUUUUAUAUUGUGCAAAUAAAUGAAGAAACUCUA